AUGGCUAGUUUAGAAGAUUUGAUCCCAACAGUGAAUAAGUUGCAAGAUGUUAUGUAUGAUGCCGGUAUCGAUACCUUUGAUUUGCCCAUUCUUGCCGUGGUAGGAUCUCAGUCAUCCGGUAAAUCAUCCAUCUUGGAGACUUUGGUUGGAAAGGAUUUCUUGCCUAGAGGAACAGGAAUUGUCACCAGGAGACCUCUUGUGUUGCAACUGAAUAAUAUUGCACCUGAUUCACCGCUUAUUAAGGAAGAUCCAUCGCUUAGCGCAAGUGUUAAUGGUAAGGAUGGACAGAGUGAAGCGGGUGAGAAUGGUGGGCACGAGCUUACUUUAGAGGAUCACUUGAGAAAGAAUACCAACAGUUAUCAAGCACCAACUGCUGAUGAGUGGGGAGAGUUUUUACAUUUACCUGGACGUCGUUUUUACGAUUUUAGAGAGAUUCGAAAGGAGAUUGAGAAUGAGACAGCUAGGAUAGCGGGGAAAAAUAAAGGUAUCAGUAAAGUUCCUAUCAAUUUGAAAGUGUACUCACCACGCGUUUUAAACUUGACUUUGGUCGAUCUUCCUGGUAUUACAAAAGUUCCUAUCGGUGAACAGCCACCAGACAUCGAGAAACAGAUCAAGAAUUUGAUUUUGGAAUAUGUCGCCACACCUAGUUGCAUUAUCUUGGCAGUUUCUCCUGCUAAUGUGGAUCUAGUGAACUCAGAGUCAUUAAAGCUCGCCAGAGAGGUGGAUCCACUCGGCAAAAGAACGAUUGGUGUCAUAACCAAGCUGGAUUUGAUGGACUCGGGUACGAAUGCACUUGACAUAUUAUCUGGCAAACUUUAUCCCUUGAAACUAGGGUUUGUUGGUGUUGUGAAUCGGUCGCAGCAAGAUAUUCAAUUGAACAAAUCCGUCGAGGAAGCAUUAGACAAUGAAGAAGAAUACUUCAACCGUCAUCCCGUUUACCGAACUAUCUCCAAUAGGUGUGGUACACGCUAUUUGGCCAAGUUGUUGAAUAGAACACUAAUGACUCACAUAAGAGAUAAGCUGCCAGAUAUUAAGGCAAGAUUGAACACUUUAAUUGGUCAAACUGAGCAAGAGUUGGCAUCAUUUGGUGAUACAGGACUUAUCACCAAUGAAAACCGUGCAGGUCUUGUGUUACAACUGAUGAACAAAUAUGCAACAAAUUUCAUUUCAUCUAUUGAUGGUACUUCUUCUGAUAUAAGCACGAGGGAACUUUGUGGUGGUGCUAGAGUUUACUACAUCUAUAACAGCAUUUUUGGCAACUCCUUGAAGGCCAUCAGCCCCACCGCCAACUUGACCAUAUAUGACAUAAGGACUGCUAUAAGAAACUCGACUGGGCCUAGACCUUCCUUGUUUGUGCCAGAGCUUGCAUUUGAUUUGCUUGUGAAACCCCAAAUCAAGCUGCUGCUGGAUCCUUCUCAGCGAUGUGUCGAACUGGUUUACGAAGAGCUUAUGAAGAUUUGCCAUAAUUGUGGAACACCUGAAUUAGCUCGAUACCCUAAGCUGCAAAGUAUGCUUAUUGAAGUAGUAAGCGAGCUUUUGAGAGAGAGGUUAGGCCCAACUCGCUCCUACGUAGAAAGUCUGAUUGACAUUCACACCUCCUACAUCAAUACGAAUCAUCCAAAUUUUCUGAGUGCCACUGAGGCUAUGUCCGAUAUUGUAGCUGGUCGCAAGAAGAAUGAGGUCCUCAAGACGCAAAAGAUGCAGCAGGAGAAGAGAGCUGCCCAGCAACAAAAGAAGGCUGAGAAAGAGGGCGAAUCCAGCCUUUCACCUUCUACAUCACCAAGGAUUGGAUAUGAAUCCUCUGGUGAGAGUGGAUCUGAAGACGAUGACCUGGAAAUGAAGAACUCUAAAGAUUCAUUCUUGAAGUAUUUUUUCGGAAAAGAUCAAAAGGAUCAAACAUUUGGUGUAGGUGAGCAUGAUAAGGCUGGCCGCUCUCACCCUCUAGAAACUGACAUUAGUGGCCAAACUCUGGCGGAUAUGAGAAAUCUACAACUUACCGGCGACUUAAAUACGAUUGAAAAGGCGGAGAUUGAGGAUAAUGAACCUGCAUUGACUGAAAGGGAGGAACUGGAAUGUGAACUGAUUAGAAGAUUAAUCGUUUCCUAUUUUUCAAUCGUGAGAGAAAUGAUUCAAGAUCAAAUCCCGAAGGCAGUCAUGUGCCUGCUGGUGAACUUUUCUAUGGAUAUUAUUCAAAAUCGGCUAGUCACAAAGCUGUACAAAGAAUCUUUGUUCGAGGAGUUACUGAUGGAAGAUCAAACUUUAGCACAAGACAGAGAAAAGUGUGUCAAGCUUUUAGACACCUACAAGAAAGCUUCGAAUAUCAUCGGCGGCAUUUUGUAA